AUGUGCGCCAUUGAAUGCUUCGCCCUGUGCUCACGUGCGGUGAACAUUCUUGCAGCCCUCACACCCAGAAAAGUCAUUCGGUCACUCGACAACAUUGGGACUCAUGCGGGCGGUGCCGUGCAGAUGUCCUUCUUUAUGGCGGUGGUGGCGCUGCAAUUUAUUAUUUUAUACGUCUUCGCCGUAUGGCGCUCCCCACUGUUCGGCCUCAAGGUCUCGUUUGCUGCCGGGUGGCUGUGCGCUUUCUUUACAGUGGCAACUUGUCACGUGUUUUUUUUUCGACUGGCUGAAUCCGCGACAGUGGCUACACCGGGAGGGCGGAUUUUGUGUCCCCCAUGUUUUCUGCUGUUGAAUAAGCCCGAGGUGACGGAGGGGAAGUCGGAGUUGCACACCCUCUGCACCUCCUCGUGCGUCGUCUGUGGCAUUCCUGUGUUGCUAAGCUUGCUGUUUGGCAUUGGGUUUCUCAUCAGCUGCGUCGUUGGCUUUGCGGUCGCGGUUUGCACAGCAGCCAUUCUUGCCUCCUUCCUCGUCACGUACCACGCGGAUUCCAUGCCGAAUGCACUCAACGGCAGCCUGCUUCAAGCCGCCAUCUGGAUUGCCAGCCUGGUGUGGAUCUUUGACUGCUACACCUUUAGCUUCCACAGCUACAGCAGCAUCUGGUGUGCCCCGGUUGCCAUAUCGUUAUUUGUGGCCGCCUGGUUCCUCGUCUUUUCCUUCGUUUGA